AAACCUCCACGUUACCUUCUUUUUCCUCUUCUUCAUCACUUCUUCUCUUUCUUAUCCCGACAGACGCGUCGUCGAGCACCUUAAUAAUCCUCCAAAAAGUCAAUUCGUGUCAUUUUGUCUUGCCUCCCAAGGAGUGCAACUGCGCAGAGUUUGGGGGCCGGCAUCAAAUUGAUUUUCGCCCACGCCCUGUUCCGGCCAGAUGGUCAUCCGCCCGUCUCCACGAAGCCUAACCGGCCCUCGAGGUCGUCUCAGCUUGACCAAUUCCUGUUCCCGCCCAUGCAUCCCUCGAUCCGCCAAAGCGACAUGGCGCUGCUAUAGUGAUGGUGCACAAUCGUCAGAGAGUCUCGUGGCCGCCCACAUUGCUGAGACGCCCUUCCCCGUGUCCUCAGCAUAUGGAAGUGCGGCCCGCGCAUCCACCUGCGUGCCUGUAGUGGCGGCACCUGCAGCAUCAGCUCCGCACCCUGUUAUGCAUGCUCGCCGCAUUUACUCCGCCGGGGUUCCCUGGGCCUUGAACCUCCGAGAUUUCAGAACUCCUACGUCUAAAACUACCCUUGGCCGUCGAAAUAUGUCUUCUACCCCGCGGCUACACACGCUGAACAAAAACAACAUCAACCAGUAUGUGGUGAACGCCAAGUAUGCGGUCCGAGGAGAGCUUCCUUCUCGCGCCGAAAAAUACCGCCAGCAGCUUGCCAAAGGAUAUCCUCCGACGCCUCCUGAGGAGAUGCUUCCCUUUCAUGAAGUCAUCUUUGCAAACAUUGGCAACCCUCAACACCUCGAUCAGAAGCCCAUUACCUUCUUCCGUCAAGUGCUGAGUCUGCUGGAACAUCCUGAACUGCUCAAGCAUGAGGAUGUCCUCGUCAACCAGCUUGGAUAUAAGAUUGAUGUCAUCGAUCGUGCUCGGUGGCUGCUGCACGAGGUGACGAGUGUCGGCGCAUACAGCCAGAGCGCUGGUGUCGGUAGAAUACGGGAGAGCAUUGCCAGGUUCAUCGAGAAGCGUGAUGGCUACCCAGCUGAUCCCCAGUCCAUAUACUUGUCCGCCGGUGCCUCGGCCGGUGUGAUGACGGUCCUUCAGGUCCUCUGCGCAAGCCCUAAGACCGGCGUCCUUGUCCCCAUCCCUCAGUACCCUCUCUAUACUGCUACUCUUGCGCUGCUCAACGCACAAUGUGUGCCCUAUUACCUCGAAGAGAGCCACGAGUGGGCAACCGACCACGACGCCAUUGGCAAGGCGCUCCAGGACGCCAAGGCACAGGGCACCGACGUACGCGCCAUUGUUGUCAUCAACCCGGGCAACCCUACGGGCCAAAGUCUCUCGGCGCACGACGUUGAAAGCGUGCUCGAGCUUGCCGCCGAGAACAACAUCGUCGUCAUCGCGGAUGAAGUAUACCAGACCAACGUCUUCCAGGGCGAGUUCCACUCGUUCAAGAAGACGCUGCGAGAGCUGCAGAAGAAGCAACCCGGCAAGUUUGACAAGGUCGAGCUUGUUUCCCUGCACAGUACAUCCAAGGGCAUGGUUGGCGAAUGCGGCCACCGUGGCGGCUACUUUGAGCUUAUCAACUUUGACCCGGAAGUGGUUGCUGAAGUUUACAAGCUUGUCAGCAUCAGCUUGUGCCCGCCCGUCGUUGGCCAAUGCCUGGUCGAGCUGAUGGUCAAUCCUCCCCAGGAGGGCGACCCCAGCUACCCGCUGUAUAAGAAGGAGUACGACGGCAUUUUCAACGGUCUCCAUGAGCGCGCGACCGCGCUGCACAAGGCUUUUACCGAAAUGGAAGGUGUCGAAUGCAACCCGCCUCAGGGCGCCAUGUACUUGUUCCCCACGAUCCAUCUCCCUCCCAAGGCAGUGGAGCAGGCGAAGAAGGAGGGCCGCGCACCCGACGAAUUCUAUGCGUUCCGUCUUCUCGACGCCACUGGAGUCUGCGUCAUCCCCGGCUCCGGCUUUGGCCAGAAACCAAACACGUUGCAUUUCCGAACCACUUUCCUUGCGCCCGGAACCGACUGGGUCAAUCGCAUCACCAAGUUCCAUAAGGAGUUUAUGGACGAAUUCAGAAGCUGAUCUCUUCUUCUACUUUCCCGUUCCAUGAACACUUUUCUUUUAUCUUCAUCGGUGUUGUGUAUCGUCUCUCACGUUGUACUUUUCUCUGACCACUAGGUCAUCCGCACGCUUCCUGCAUGGUAUAGCGUAGCCUUUUCUUUUUCUUUUUUUCUUUUUUUCUUUUAUAUUCUGUCUCCUUCUUUCAACUUUUUAUCACCGCCCUGGCGUUUUCGUGUGGUUUUGUGUAUAUCUCCUUUGAUUGGCUCUGGGUAGCUCGGCCCUUGAUGUAAAAUGUCAGUGUAUCGUACGGUCAUAUGGAUCACCAUCAUCUUUUUCUUUCUCUCUCUUUCUUUUCCUGCUAGUAUAGUCUAGUACAUCCAAUGCAAUUCGCGGUGUAUGGUAUGGUAGAUAGGACAUUUAUAAGUCAAUUAUAUAUUUCUUUUCUUAAUUUCUC